ACCUUAAACAGGUGGGAUUUCCUAAAUCCCCUAAAUUCAAACCGAUUCUACUCAGCUAGAAGCCUCUACCGCGAGAUGGAUUCAAGCACGGGAUUCUUCAAGUUCAUAUUUUCGGACCGUCCGAAGUAUUUCAAAGCAGCGUACGAAUCAUUGGAUCUCAAACCUUACCAGAUCUUUGACCUUCUCCUGAGCCAAGAGCGUUUCAAAAAUUUCUUCUCCAGAGUGGACGUUUACGGUAACAACCUUGCCAACCUAUUAAGUCAAUUUCCAAGCUUCGAGAAAGAUAAUUACAAUGGCUCGUUAUUGCGAGAAAUUAUUAGAGCCUUCACUUUCUCAUUGCUCGCUGAAAGGUUCGAUGAAAUGAGAGCUCGGAGUACAGUGGCAAGAAUUGUUAUCUCGGUUGUGAAAUUAUCGGAUCCAAGGACUUUAGGGUACUUUGGUGUGAGAUUAGGAGCACUCCCGGGGAUAUUGCGGAUUUUGAUAGCGGAAGGACACUUAAAAAAACUAGCCCUAACUCACAAGCGGUGCUUUGAGGGUCUCAUUUCUGAGCCCCGAGCCGGGAAGCAGUGGGUUGAAGUUAUUAUGGAUCUCUGCAAGAAAUGUGAACUGCACGGGUCGAGGCCUAAGAGAACUGGCCACCUGGAGUUGGGGAAGUUUAUUCGCACUAUUCCUUGUGAACACUGCCCAGAUAUUUCUUCUGAUGGUGGGCUCAGCCGGAAUUCUGAGGGCAAGCUUACACGUGCCCCAGGAGACCCUUUUCGACCAGGUACAGAGCCAAACGCAUUCGAACACCUCCUGGGCGAGCCCCUUGGGCCAUGGAAGAUAAUUCUUUCCCAACUGGCUAUGGAGGAUCUGGAAGAAGCGAAUGAACAAGGUACUUGCUCUGUAGAGCUGGGAAUUUGGAAGUUUGUUAAUCUUGUUAGGUCACUUCAAGAGUGUUCGGUGCAAGCUCUACGAGCUCGCCUCCGGGGACUGGGCGGGAAAAAAGAUACUUGAUCGGGCGGAGUGGGGCAACACACUGGGCUAUCGAAUUCCGUUAUUCAAAGCGCUCUACGAGGACAAGACCGAGCAUUAUAUAUUAUGGCAAAUCGAUGCUGCGUUUGAUGAAAGGUUUGGAGAAGAUUGCCAAGUAAUAAAG